GUGGGCUGGCAGUUUAGUCUAGGGCAGCUGAAACCGGUUUGAGAGGCGGCUGUAACUGGGCUCCUUGCUUCCUCCGGCCACCUAAGGGAGCGCUGGCGAGGCGCUGACGCUCGGCUCCGUCGGCGGCGGCCCAGGCUCUCGGCGCGGCCCGGAGCGGCAGAAAUCCUAAAAUAAUUCCAUCAGAAUGACACCUUCUCAGGUCACUUUUGAAAUAAGAGGAACUCUUUUACCAGGAGAGGUCUUUGCAAUAUGUGGAAGCUGUGAUGCCCUGGGAAACUGGAAUCCUCAAAAUGCUGUGGCUCUUAUUAAUGAAAACGAGACAGGAGACAGUGUGUUGUGGAAAGCAGUGAUUGCUCUCAAUAGAGGAGUGUCAGUGAAGUACCGCUACUUCAGAGGCUGCUUUUUAGAACCAAAGACUAUCGGUGGUCCAUGUCAAGUCAUAGUUCACAAGUGGGAGACUCAUCUACAACCACGAUCAAUAACCCCUUUAGAAAGUGAAAUCAUUAUUGAUGAUGGACAGUUUGGCAUCCACAAUGGUGUUGAAACACUGGAUUCUGGAUGGCUUACAUGUCAGACUGAAAUAAGAUUGCGUCUGCAUUUUUCUGAGAAACCUCCUGUCUCAAUUAGCAAGAAAAAGUUCAAAAAAUCGAGAUUUAGGGUAAAGCUCACACUAGAGGGUCUGGAGGAAGAUGAUGAUGAUGAUGAUGAUGAUAAGGCAUCUCCCACUGUUCUUCACAAAAUGUCCAACAGCCUGGAGAUAUCCUUAAUAAGUGACAAUGAGUUCAAGUGCAGGCACUCACAGCCAGAAUGUGGGUAUGGCUUACAGCCUGAUCGUUGGACAGAGUACAGCAUACAAACAAUGGAACCAGAUAAUCUGGAACUCAUCUUUGACUUUUUUGAGGAAGAUCUCAGUGAGCAUGUAGUUCAGGGUGAUGUUCUUCCUGGACACGUGGGCACAGCAUGCCUCCUGUCUUCUACCAUUGCUGAGAGUGGAAGAAGCGCUGGGAUCCUUACUCUUCCCAUCAUGAGCAGAAAUUCCAGAAAAACUAUAGGCAAAGUCAGAGUUGAUUUUAUCAUCAUCAAGCCAUUACCUGGAUAUAGUUGUUCUAUGCAGUCUUCAUUUUCCAAGUAUUGGAAACCAAGAAUACCAUUGGACGUUGGACAUCGUGGUGCAGGGAACUCAACAACGACUGCCAAGCUAGCUAAAGUACAGGAAAAUACUAUCGCUUCUUUAAGAAAUGCUGCCAGUCAUGGCGCAGCAUUUGUAGAAUUUGAUGUCCACCUUUCAAAGGACUUUGUGCCCGUGGUGUAUCAUGACCUCACCUGCUGUCUGACCAUGAAGAGGAAAUAUGAAGCUGAUCCAGUUGAAUUGUUUGAAAUCCCAGUAAAAGAAUUAACAUUUGACCAACUCCAGUUAUUGAAGCUUUCUCAUGUGACUGCAUUAAAAACCAAAGAACGGAAACAAUCUUUGUCUGAGGAGGAAAAUUUCUUUUCUGAAAAUCAGCCAUUUCCUUCUCUUAAGAUGGUUUUAGAAUCAUUGCCAGAAAAUGUAGGAUUUAAUAUAGAAAUAAAAUGGAUUUGCCAACACAGGGAUGGAGUAUGGGAUGGCAACUUAUCGACAUAUUUUGAUAUGAAUGUGUUUUUGGAUAUAAUUUUAAAAACUGUUUUAGAAAAUUCUGGGAAGAGGAGAAUAGUGUUUUCUUCUUUUGAUGCAGAUAUUUGUACAAUGGUUCGGCAGAAGCAGAACAAAUAUCCCAUAUUAUUUUUGACCCAAGGAAAGUCUGAUAUUUACCCCGAACUCAUGGACCUCAGAUCUCGGACAACACCCAUUGCAAUGAGUUUUGCACAGUUUGAAAAUAUUUUGGGGAUAAAUGCCCAUACUGAAGACCUCCUUAGAAACCCAUCCUAUGUCNAAGAGGCAAAAGCUAAGGGAUUGGUCAUAUUUUGCUGGGGUGAUGAUACCAAUGAUCCUGAAAACCGAAGGAAACUGAAGGAAUUUGGAGUAAAUGGUCUAAUAUAUGAUAGGUAUUUGUUUUUUGUAAAAAAUCUCCAUGGAAUUUUUCAAAAAGUAUAGUAGUUUUUAUCUUUUAAACUAUUAAAUUCAGUUAAGUUAAAAUUAUGUAGUUAUAUAAAGUUUAUUCAGACACUUGUGAUCUUGUCCCAGAUGUUGCGAUAUGUCAAAAGUCACUUAAGAAGCCCUAACCCAAAUAUGUAAUUUCCCUCGGAGUGAGGAUACCUGCCUUUCCCACGACUGCUGUCAAAACUUUUCUGCAGUUGUCUUAGUUACUUUCUAGAGGCACCGUGACCAAGGUGACUUGUUGGCAGUUCCAGACGGUGAGCCCAUGCCCAUCAUGGGGGUGUGGCAGCAGGCAGGCAAGGCACUGGAGUAGUAGCUAACAGCUUACUUCUGAUCCACAAGCAGGAAGCAGAGAGAUAGACAGACAGACAGGCCCUGAUGUGGACUUUUGAAACCUCAAAGUUUACUGCCUUGUGGCAUACAAGGCCAUACAUACCUCCUAAUCCUUCCCAAAUAGUCUACCAACUGGGGACCAUACUCUCUCAGUGACCUCAUUGCAUUCUCUGGCUUUUUAUAUCUUUUGCAUUAACAGUACUAUAUGUAUCCAACUCAGGACAUUUCCCUGACUUUUAAAAACUUUUAUGUGCCUUACCAUCUUGAUUUCAGCAUAAAUGGCCUCUCUGCUUAUUCUGCUUUCCCAGUCUAAAUCCUUGAAGUCUUCCAUUGCAGUGUCUUUCACCUCUCACUCCCAUUUUCCUCUGGGAUCUUUCCUUUCAGAACAUCCCUCGAUGUGCUAUUUCUUUUUGCUUCAGAGAAUAACUCCUGUACACUGAAAUGUCACUUGCACAAGGACUACACUAUUUUAAAUAGUAGCUUCUGUUCACAGGGUGCUUCUCAAUUUUGCUCAAGAUCAUUUAUCACCGACAAACAUACAUGCAUGUAGCAUUAUACCGUAUGUCUUUUCCUUCCUGGCCUCUUUGAACUAGUACCUCCCUGUUUCCUAAUGCAUACAGAGAGUGUAGGCUGCACAAGGACAGGACAUUUUGCUCUUUUUGUUUACUGUCUUCAGAGGCUAGGUCAGUAAGAUAUAGACUGGGAUCAAAUAUUUGUUGACUUGAUAUAAAAACCAGCUUCCUAGGAAUUGGUAUAUAAGAUGUAAGUUUAAUAGCUGCUAAUACUUUAAAGUUGCUUAGUAUAUAGAUGUUUUAGGUUGUAAAAAAAAACAUUGACUUGAUGGAAGCACAGUGUUUUGACCAGACCUGUUUUAAGGAAAAACAAAAAUAUGCUUUCCUUGGAUUAAUUCAUACUACCCUUUGUCCUACUAAGUUAUAUCAUUCUUUAAUAAAGAUUUUACUCCCACUAUUUUGUCUGGUCUAGUUUGUUCACUUAUUUCUUUUGAUUUUUAAGAUAGGGCUUUACUCAGGCUGACUUAGUCUUGCAAUCUUCCAGUCUCAGCUUCCCAAAGACAUUACAGUUGAAUGCUGCCAUGCCUAGCUGGUCUGCUGUCUUAUUUAACUACCUGCCUGCCUUUUAAACCAGUUGGUUAAUUUUGUCUAAAACAGAGUGACUAGCCAGUUUUUAAAAAAUAGGUGUUUUCAACUAACAAAGUUAAAAACUUAAAUUUCAUAUUAACAAUUUAAUAAAAAUACUGACUUCAUUAAAAUUGGGAAUUUUUAUGUGAGUAUGCAGAAGAAGAAAUGACUACAGAUAUUUGGGGACAAGAAAAGAAUGUGUAAGGUAAUUCUAUGUAUGACUCUGCUAAGGAAUACAAAUUUGAACAGAUCUUCUCAAGGGCUUUCAUGCUGGAAGUGGAUGGAAUGUUGACAUGUAAUAGUAGGAUGAUGUUAGAACAAGUGCUGAGAGUAGAUUCCUCCUGCCUCCGCUUCUUUGAAGAGAAAGAACAGAGGUGGAAGUUUAAGAUGUUCAGAUUUGCUCUGCUGGGACUUGCAUUUCAGGCAUGGGUCCAGCAUGAAGCAGGGUAGAACUAUAGUGGCAUUUGGAAGGCCAACCUGGCAUGGGCUCUACUUAGGGAGGUUAUAGUGGUAAGCAUAUAACAUAAAUAAUAGUUCUCUAAGGCUUAUAAUCAAAACACAAGUCUUUUAUUCCUUUUAACUGUCUCUGACUUCUUGUGCUUUGUUUUUCUUUCUAUUUACUAGUGUGAUUUUAGAUAGACAAAUUUAGAAAGUUUUGAAUAAUGAGUGACUUGGAGCUUUAUGGACAUUUAUGAGAGAAUGGUGAUAGAAGUGUGUAGGUUUGGUUUGGUUUUUGUUUUGUAGCCUCAGAACAUAACAGUAUAAUGGCUAAAUUCAUAUAAAUACCAAAUGUUUUGUUUAAGGCCUAUUAAGGAUUAAAAUUUUGUAAGAGAGACAUUAAGUAGUUGAUGGAGUGCAAGGGAGGGAAGAGCUGGGGUUAUACAGAAACACACGAGGAGGUCAGACCACUUGCCCUCACUCACUGCGAGGGUCUGAGGAGGUCAGACCACUUGCCCUCACUCACUGCGAGGGUCUGAGGAGGUCAGACCACUUGCCCUCACUCACUGCGAGGGUCUG